AUGGCUCCGUCGUGGUUGGCCACCGGCCUUAUCUGCUUUGUACGAGCCUCAGCUGCUCUAGGGCCACAAUUUGGACUUCCAGAGCUAUGGGAGGACUUUCUCCGCGAAUCUGAGCUUCAAGCAUUGCCACCCCAGACUUUUCAGCUAUCACAAAACGACGCUGUUCAAGGUGCACCAGAUCCCGCGACCCUUUAUCAAGCCUACAAUCUUUCCGUACCGGUCGAUCACUUUCACAACGAUUCACUCUAUGAACCGCAUUCAGAUGCCACUUUUCCUCUUCGAUACUGGUACGAUGACAGGUUUUAUAAACCGGGCGGUCCAGUCAUCGCACUUGCAGCAGGCGAAACAAGUGGCCAAGGCCGUCUACCGUUUCUGCAAAAAGGAAUCGUUGCUAUUCUGGCAGAGGCGACCAACGGUGUCGGCGUCAUAUUGGAGCACCGGUACUAUGGUCGGAGUGUCCCCACCUCCGACUUUAGUACUGAAAACCUCCGGUUCUUAACCACCGAUCAAGCACUAGCUGAUACUGCAUACUUUGCUCAGAAUAUCGUGUUCCCCGGAAAACUUUCAAAUGUGAGCUUGACUGCUCCUGACACGCCAUGGAUCAUGUACGGUGGUUCUUAUGCCGGAGCAUUUGUCGCAUUUUUACGGAAAGUGUAUCCAGAUGUGUUCUGGGGCGCAAUCUCAUCAUCUGGCGUCACCGCAGCAGUUGUUGACUUUUGGGAGUACUACGAAGCCGCUCGACUCUACGCUCCUGAAGGUUGCGCUGAGAUCACUCAAAAACUAACCCAUGUCGUCGAUAACAUCUUGUUGCAAAAAGGCAAUACAACAGAAGACGAUAUUUUGCUGUUGAAGACAGCUUUCGGUUUGGCAAAUGUCACCACCAGCGUUGAUUUUGCGAGCACCAUCAGAGGCGGUAUUGGAGGGUUACAAGGACGUAACUGGGAUCCAGAAAUCGACAAUCGAGCCUUCCUCCGAUACUGCGGUAACAUGACUUCGGAUGAGAUUGCCUGGCCUGCGACCGAUAGCCUUGAUUCUACAGUCCGCAAACUUCUCACCAUCGGCGGUUAUGAGACGGAGGUGGAUGCGCUGGCGACGCACUUCAAGAACUAUAUCGGUUACGUGAACUUCACUCGGGUAUCGUCAUGUACAAAUGGCCGGACUCAAGACCAGUGCUUUGGUGCAGGCACUGACGAGACUUACGCGCGUGAUGAUAUCAACCAGACAUGGCGUCUUUGGCCGUGGCAGUACUGCACGCAAUGGGGUUAUCUUCAAACCGGCUCUGGCGUUCCGGAAACUCAAUUGCCGCUCAUUUCACGCCUGAUUGAUCUAGACUUUACUACUAGAAUCUGUCGUAAAGCGUUCAACAUUACUACGCUUCCAAAUGUUGAUACUAUUAACAAGUAUGGCGGUUACAACUUUAGCUACCCGCGCGUGGCAAUUAUCGACGGCGAAGCAGACCCAUGGCGACAGGCCACCCCUAACAAAAUCGGGUUACCUCGACCCGAGUCCACACUCGAUGAACCAAACCUUGUGAUUGGAGGAGGUGCAGUUCACCACUGGGAUGAGAAUGGAAUCUUCAAGAAUGAAACAACUUGUAAACUGCCACCGAGGCCGGUCAAGGAGGCCCAGGCUUUUGAGGUCGAGUUUGUGAAAGCCUGGCUGCAGGAGUGGGAAGAUGCUCGCCCGUAA